GCGCUCAGCGCUCGCCGCCGCCAGCCUUUCUCCGGCGCCGCCGCCGCUACCGUUGCUUCGGGGUUGAGGGACCCGGGUUUCCCCAGACUGACCGAGGCUGCGGGUGGGGGCCUCCGCGGGCACUGCGGAGCGGGCCGGGGGAGGCCGGGAUGGAGCCCCCCGGAGCGCACUGAAGCCGAGCGGGCGAGCCGGGUGCCGGAGCGUCAGGGCGGCCUCUGGGGCCUCCUCGCGUUGCAGGCGGAUGGUCUGACGGCCGCGGGGGCCAUGGCUCACCUCAGGGGAUUUGCCAGCCAGCACCCCCGCGUGGACCCCGAGGAGCUCUUCACCAAGCUGGACCGCAUCGGGAAGGGCUCCUUCGGGGAGGUGUACAAAGGCAUCGACAACCGCACCAAGGAGGUGGUGGCCAUCAAGAUCAUCGACCUGGAGGAGGCCGAGGAUGAGAUCGAGGACAUCCAGCAGGAGAUCACCGUGCUCAGCCAGUGUGACAGCCCCUACAUCACCCGCUACUUCGGCUCCUACCUGAAGAGCACCAAGCUGUGGAUUAUCAUGGAGUACCUGGGCGGCGGCUCGGCCCUGGACCUGCUGAAGCCGGGGCCCCUGGAGGAGACGUCCAUCGCCACCAUCCUGCGGGAGAUCCUGAAGGGCCUGGAGUACCUGCACUCGGAGCGCAAGAUCCACCGUGACAUCAAAGCCGCCAACGUGCUGCUGUCGGAGCAGGGGGACGUGAAGCUGGCGGACUUUGGGGUGGCCGGGCAGCUCACCGACACGCAGAUCAAAAGGAACACCUUUGUGGGCACGCCCUUCUGGAUGGCGCCCGAGGUCAUCAAGCAGUCGGCCUAUGACUUCAAGGCCGACAUCUGGUCCCUGGGGAUCACGGCCAUCGAGCUGGCCAAGGGGGAGCCCCCCAACUCCGACCUCCACCCCAUGCGCGUCCUGUUCCUGAUCCCGAAGAACAGCCCGCCCACGCUGGAGGGCCACCACAGCAGGCCCUUCAGAGAGUUUGUGGAGGCCUGCCUCAACAAGGACCCCCGAUUCAGGCCCACCGCCAAAGAGCUCCUGAAGCACAAGUUCAUCGCCCGCUACACCAAGAAAACCUCCUUCCUCACCGAGCUCAUCGACCGCUACAAGCGCUGGAAGUCGGAGGGCCACGGCGAGGAGUCCAGCUCCGAGGACUCGGACAUCGACGGUGACGCCGAGGAUGGCGACCAGGGCCCCAUCUGGACUUUCCCCCCCACCAUCCGGCCGAGCCCGCACAGCAAGCUGCACAAGGGGACAGCUCUGCUCGGCUCACAGAAGUCCGCGGAGCCCGUCAAGAGGCAGCCGCGCUCCCAGUGUCUGUCCACGCUGGUCCGGCCCGUCUUCGGAGAGGUUUUCACACAACAGAAACCACCUGACCUCGGCCCGCUGAGGCUGCUGUGGGGGUGGGGGUCACCUUGGGCUUCGGCUCUGUGGGGGGCACUGGCUCGGGCCUUCUUGCUGGGCCAUGCGGUGGUCAUCCAACACUGGACCCAGAAGCCCGAGACGACCCUAGCGGGCACCCACACACCUCCUCAAUGGCCAGGACGCCGUCCCCAGCCAGCCUGGGCCACACCCGGAAGCACAAACAGCAUCGCCAGCCAGGACUGCGCUGUUUCCUGUUCCCGGGCACCCAGAGGGUGGUUUUUUUUUUUUUUUUUUUAAAGAAAACUGAACUUUCUUGUUUUCCUAAGUAUUCUGAGACCAAGAUGUUUUUGUAGAAGGUUGAAAGGGUUUUGCCACUUUCAAUAAAGACGUGAAGCGGAGCUGUGGUGGUGCCGUGUGGAGCCCCGGGCCUCGGCCCCCUCCUGCACCGUCCCCAUCGUCGGGACGUGCCCCGGAAGGAGCAGACGGGGCUGUGGGUGAUGCCAUUUAUUUUUAACCACAUGUGCAUAUGAGCUCGAGCAGCUUGUCCAUCUGCUUCCAUUUGUUACAAAACAUUAGGGGCACUAAUAAAUUAUUGGACAACUCC